AUGAAGCCUCCUCUGCAGGUGGAGCGGGACACAAACCCUCAUUGGGCUGGUGGAAGAAGAACAGCAGGGGAAUGGCAGAGCCCCCCUAUCACCUCUGGCAGGGUGCACCAAUGUCCGCACUGUGCCUACAAUACAAACGAUUCCUUUAAGUUGCGUAGACAUAUAUUGAAGCAUACUGGAGAGAGACCUUUCUCUUGCCCAUAUUGUUCUUAUGGCACCACUCGGAAAGAACUUCUCAAGGAACACAUUAAUGUCCAUACUGGUGAGAAACCGUAUAACUGUCCCCAUUGUCCAUACAGUGCAUCUCAGAGAAGUUGCUUAAAUGUCCACCUAAGGAGACAUGCUCCCAAUGAACGGUCAUUUACAUGUCCAUACUGUCCUUUCAAAACAUUCCAAAAGUCUAAGUUGAAUACCCAUGUGUUAACUCAUAAGGCUGGAUAUCAUAUUCCCUGA